UCUCUCUCUCUCUCUCCGUCUUUCACUCAGAUCAGAUCUCUCUCUUACACACACGCACGCACGCACACACGCUCUAUCCGUGGCUCGUGAGCGCACCGCGCGCCGGCUGCUCCGCGCGCGCUUGUUGGUUUGUUGUGCAGGACCGCGCGCGCCGUUUCUUCACCUCCUCAUGGAUCCGAUCACGCUGUUCCUCUUGUCCUCCUCCUCCUUCUUCUUCUUCCUCUCCUCCGCGAUCGGACACUUCACCACGGAAUGCUACACAGUGAACGGCGAGGACUACCGAGGUCGGCAGAACCAGACGAGUCUACAUGGAGGGAAGCCGUGCCUUUUUUGGAACGAAACUUUCCAGCAUCCGUACAACACGCUGAAAUAUCCGAAUGGAGAAGGAGGACUGGGAGCUCACAACUUCUGCAGGAACCCAGACGGAGAUGUUCAGCCGUGGUGCUACAUUGCAGACCAGGAAGACGGAACGUACUGGAAGUUCUGUGAGAUUCCGAGCUGUCAGAUGCCUGGAAUUCUCGGUUGCUUUAAGGAUAGCGGUGAUCCUCCUCCUCUCUCUAAGAGCUACCAGACGUCUCAGAAGCUCACCGUGCAGAGCUGCAUCAGCCUCUGUCGCAACCAGAGAUACAAGCUCGCCGGAAUGGAGGCGGGCUACGCCUGUUUCUGCGGCAACGAGCUGGACUACCAUCUCCAUGGCGACGCCCCGAGUUUAGAGUGUAGUCACGGGUGCUUCGGGGACCAGCAGCAGCCAUGCGGAGGGGACGGACACGUCAUCGUCUUCGACACCAAAGUGGGAGCAUGUGGUGGAAACUACACGGCCGAAUCAGGUGUAAUCUACUCACCAGACUUUCCAGAUAAAUACGCACGUGGCCGUGUCUGCUACUGGACCAUACAGGUCCCGGGAGCAUCGGUCAUCCUUUUUAACUUCACUUUCUUCAACAUCAUGGACCAGGCGGAUAUGGUCGAGCUGCUGGACGGUUACACCAAUCAGGUGGUGGCGAGGUUCGAUGGGCGUAACCCGCCGCGGGAAAUCGUAAACGUCAGCGCAGACUUCGUCAUCCUGUAUUUCUACUCAGACAGGACGAACGAGGCCCAGGGAUUUUCCAUGCUCUAUCAAGCGUACAGACAGCCGAGCGACAGAUCCGCUGAAGAUACCGUAGUCAGUGAUGAUGGCGAUAGCGAAGAGGCCACCAGUACGAUAGAGCCACGUCCGGGCAGCAGCACCGAGCGAUCAAACACCAGCAAGAACGACAAAUCCUCUCAGAUCCUCUAUCUGAUAACGUCCAGUCCUAAGAAGUCAGAAAACGAAAUGCCAGGUCAGUGGCUCGGCCGGGACCGGACCGCUGCGCACAGCACCAUGUGGACCAUCUACGCUCUGGCUGCCUUGCUAACGCUAACUGUGAUAGCCAUGGUGGCUAAGCUGGUGCUUCACGUUACAGUAAAAUCUCCCACCAUUCCCACAGUGAGCAGCGACUCGUGCUCCCAGAGCACCACCUCAGAGCCGUGGAUCAUCUUCUACAGACCCUCUACCAUCUCUCUCUUUAAAAAGAAGCUCAAAAACCAUCACGGCGACCUCAGCCCUCUGGUGGGCAACUAACCUACACACACACACAUACACACACACACACACACACACACACACAUUAUUACACACAUUAUCACCCAGACUCUACUGGACAGCAGGUAGCAAAUACAAUGGAGCACCUGAUGAGGAACUGGACAUCAACUGUCAGCCAAUCAGAUGGUGCCAUGUGAGAGGGACGUGGCUUCCCCAGGACCUGGACAAAGCCACACUCACAUGUCAGUACGGCCUGAGCGGGGUGGGGGGGGGAGGCGGCGGUUCUGGGAAAAGCCUGUUUCUUCCAGCAGGUUUUCGGGGGCGCAGAUGGAUUCUGGCAGGAGUUCAGAUAAGAUUCUCUGGGUGAAGUAAAAGAGACAGAAUGUACUGUAACGCGGAGCGGCUCGCGUAACCGUCUUAACGCCAACGCAGACAAUCAGCCUUUUCUGUUCUGCCACACCAAAUCCAGAUUUUGUUUCAGCCCAUUUUCACCUCACUCUUUAUGUAGGUCACCUCUCGCUUGGACCAGGAAUAUAAUUUCCCGAGUGGAGGACAGACCGGAUCAUGAUCCGGCAGCCACAAACAAGUGUGUGUGUGUGUGUGUGCGCGUGUGUGCGCGUUUGCGUAAAUCUGUCAUCACUACAGCCCGGCCCGUGCUCCAACAAACUGGCAUUCCACGUUCCUUUUGGACCUCUGUAAACAGCUUUUCAGUAUUUUUUUUUUCUUGUUCGUUUGUUGUGGGUUUAUCAUUUCUGUGUUUGUGUGUGUGUGUGUGUGUGUGUGGUGUCUGUAAGUGCCUUAAGGGUUGGAAAACUGUUUGUAUGUACAUUUUUUUCCUUUACUUCCCACAGAGCUGUCUUUAAAGGCCCAGAGAUGAAAGAUACACAAGUUUCCCAUUACAGAGAAGGCAGUCGAUCAGCCAAGGCAUGUUUGUUGCUUAAAGUUUCCUUCUUUAGUUUUUGCGCUGGAGCUACAAAGCUAAUGCCAGUUUAGCAUCAGGAUCUCAUGUGGUUUUUAGCUGCCUUGUGACGAUCAUUAAAAAAAAAAAAAAAUGAACGUGUCCAAAGAACAGAUCUGAAAACAAUCUACAGACGUUUACAUACAUUACUUAGUGUGGAACUAAAGAACCCAUGGGCGUCCGGUUAACCGCUGGUGCUCAGUGGUUUUCACUGAAAAGUAUUUUUCUAGGAACUUAUCAACACGUUUGAGGCAAAAGUCAUUAUUUUAACUGUUUCUGCCUAAUUUUCACUGCCAUUACACUUUCACAUUACCUAUAUAAAAGACUAUAAAUGCUAGCUCAUAUGCUACAGUAGCUAGAUAAAUGAUUAGCCUCAUUGAGUAGCUAGCUUUUAUCCUGUGCGCAUUUUUCCAAGUUGCCUAGCAACAGUGUCCUCACAACUGGACCACGAAACCACCUGGUCAAUGCUGGCUAGUAGUCUUGCUCUAAGGCAUUCCAAAAAAGCUAAAAUAACACAGCGUAUUGAAUUUCACAACCCAGAAACGUUUAGCUAGCGAUUGAGUAAAUAGGGUUGUUUUUUUUCUUAGUGGUUCAUCAACAUAAACGAGGUGAAUGUUGAGAUUCUGGACAUCUGUGUCCCAUUCUUACUGUCAUUACACCUUUAAAAUAGAUACCAACUUCAACUCCUAGCUAGCUUUCAUGCCUAGCAACAUUGUUCACCCAACUACACCAUACAGUAAAACCAACAAGUGUUUUGAUAUGGAGACUUUAUUUCUUCGAUAAAGAUUAGCUUGCACAAUGCUAGCUAGUGGUCUUGAUUUAAGUUCUUACAAAAAAGCUAAAAUGACACUGAAUAAUGAACUUCAAAGCCACAGAUUUUUAUCCAGCCAUUAAUUAAGAUUUUUAUCCUUGUAGUAUCAGCAUAUCUGAGGUUAAUGUUGAUAUUACAUGUCUCAUUCUGACUGUUAUUCUACUAUUAAAAUGGCUACCUGCCUUACACGCUAGCUAGAUAAAAGAUUAGCGUCAGUCCCUAGCUAGCUUACAUGCUUGGUGCGCAUAUUUGGUAUAUCCAUCAACAGUGUCCUUACAACACAAAAACAUACACAAAAUA